GGUCGGGAUCCUGUGGCGGAACACGGGAGGAGAAGGCGAGGUCCUUGCAUGAAGGAGGGGGAGAAGGAACGUGGCGCCAGGCGCAGGCCGAUCUGAUGUCAUGGCGGGCUCUUGCCAGACGCCCACGGGCGCUAAGGCUGUCGCACGAGGAAUCCUCAUCGCCUGGCUACAUGCCUUCGUGACCACAGUCUCCGCCGUGAAGCUGGUCAACGUGGACAUCCCGUCCCCGACCACGCUGGGCGAGACAGUGGGCCUAAGCUGCAUAUACGAGCUCAAUGGCGAUCGACUCUACUCGGUCAAGUGGUACAAAAACGACGUGGAGUUCUACCGCUUCGUGCCGAAUGACUGGCCACCGGGACAGUUCCUGCCUCUGCCAGGCGUUGACGUGGACUUGGCACGAUCGGGGCGGACGUCGGUGUAUCUGCGUAACGUGAACCUACACAGCGCCGGUACGUACCGGUGCGAAGUGUCUGCGGAGGCUCCUUCCUUCGACACUGUCGGCGGCCAGAAGGACAUGGCCGUGCUAGUACUUCCGACCGAGGGCCCGCGCAUCACGGGCGGCCAGGCGCAGUACCGCAUCGGCGACACCGUGAGCGUCAACUGCACCUCGGCCAAGUCCAAGCCCGCCGCCACGCUGCGCUGGUUCGUGAACGACGUGGCCGUGGUGGGCGCCGACGGGACGACCGAGUACUCGACCACGCUGCACGCCGACGGCCUGGAGACGGCCUCGCUCGGCCUGCGCUUCGUGCUCACCGAGGACCACUUCCGGGGCGGCAACAUGAAGCUCAAGUGCACCGCCACCAUCUCGCGAGUCUACACCAUGAGCAACGAGGAGCUCGUAUUUGGCUCUUCCUCCGGGGGAGGCCGCCACCAGAAGUCAGGACUCCAUAUCAGCGAGAACACGAGCCGAGUGCGGGACGCCUCUACCACCUUAACAGCGCCAGCAGCCUUCGUGGUACUCUUGGUCGCCUUCACCUUACCACUGCUCCCGGUUCCAGUGGCACAGUUAUCUUCAGUGUUGACAAGGACGCAUUUGUGAUAAGGCUUAUAUGUGACUUCCUAGUGUCCUGCCUUGUGCCGACCUCGGAAUGUAAAAAACCAAAAGAAGGCCUCACUAUUCCUCGGACAUGCAAAGUGGACACAGUGCAAGCUCUGGACAGAACGCGCCAAGCCACAGGCGCCAACUUCUUUGCUUGCGAAGGAGAAGCUCCACUGUGUUCUUCAAUUAGAAAAUGAUGAAUUGAAAAGUCACCUCAAAGACAAUCUCCACAACGUCAUCAGCUGGACCAGCUGCUUUGGCGUCCCGCUCCUUCUUACCGAGUCCCACGCGACUUCACCGCACAAGCCGCUUAUAACUCUUGUUUUCCCCAAUAUUGUGACGUUUUUUUUUUUCGACUACCGCGAGCUUAGAAAUACGGGCUGCCUCGUCAGUAGGGUUUCAGCUUUUUACAGGCUUCAGAUACGUAGCCUUAAUCUCGACAAAACGACACACACUGACCCACCCUCUGCUGGUAAUUACUCGAAAGCUCUUUAAUGCAGCAAGACAUGUUGUCCGGAGUUGGCAUAUGUGUGCUCGCGUACGCAUAAGGGUGUCUUCAUAUAACACCUGCCUUUGCAUGCAUGCAUUCACCAAUUCACGGGGAUGCUUGCGUGGCUUCAGAAGGCGUCCUAAUAAGACUCAAACUGUUGCAUACUGGUUGUCUCUUUGUAACAAAAGUUAUACCGUAUUCAGAAGUGAGUUUCUCAAGAGAGCUAGAAAGCUAACCCGCGUAAUCUAGAACGUCCCUUCACUCAACGCUUCACCUUCAUUUGAGAAAGCCGACAGGAACGCCAUCUCUAUGAAUGGCAAGUCGCUGCAUAUCAAGGAUAAUCUGCUGCGAUUCUUGAGUAGCGCAGCGUCAUUUUCAACCGAGUAGUGGCGCACUGCUCAACUCUGUGAAGUGAAGGUGAAAGUCGAGUCGAGGAGCGUUUGUGAAUACGGGGUAAGACUUGUGGUAUGG